CACUCUCUCUCUCUUCUUCUUCCUCACUCCCUUACUUUUUUCCUUCCUCUCAAGCUUUCAACAAUGGCGUCGUCAUUGUUCUUCACUUUCUCUCUCCUCAUUCUCUUCACCAUUUCUUACGCACACAACAUCACAGAAAUCCUCUCCUCUGACCCAAACCUCUCUCAAUUCAACUCAUACUUAACCCAAACUAAACUCGACGACGAAAUCAAUUCUCGUCAAACCAUCACCGUCUUAGCUCUCGACAACUCCGCCAUGUCUUCACUCACCUCAAACCACUCUCUCUCCGUCAUCAAAAACCUCCUCUCUCUCCACGUCCUCCUCGAUUAUUACGACCCUAAAAAACUCCACUCUCUCGAAAACGGCACCGUUAAAACCACCACUCUCUACCAAACGACGGGCUCCGCUACCUCUGAUGAAGGCUCCGUCAACAUCACUGACCUCCACGGUGGAUCCGUCGGGUUCGGGUCGGGUUCACCGGGUUCGAAGCUAGAUUCAACGUAUACAAAAUCAGUUAAACAAAUACCUUACAAUAUAUCAGUUUUAGAAAUAAGUGCGCCUAUUAUAACACCGGCGCUUUUAACAUCUUCUUCCGACGCUAAUGUGACGGCGAUUUUGGAGAAGGCAGGGUGUAAGACAUUUGCGUCAUUGUUAUCUUCUAGUGGUGUGUUGAAAAUGUAUGAAACUCAAAUGGAGAAAGGAAUUACCGUUUUUGCACCUACUGAUGAAGCGUUUAAAGUUAAAGGUGUACCAGAUCUGAAUAAGUUAAGUAGUGCUGAAUUAGUCUCUCUCCUACAAUUUCACGCACUAAGUAGUUACUCUCCAAUUGGAACGUUGAAAACUACCAAAGGUAAAUUGACGACUUUAGCCUCAGGUGUAGGAAAAUACGAUCUCUCUCCUACAACUGCUGGUGAUUCAGUUACUCUUCAUACUGGUGUAGAUUCUUCUAGAAUCGCUGGUACAUUACUUGAUGCAACUCCUGUAGUUAUUUACUCCGUUGAUAGUUUGCUUUUACCGGUUGAAUUAUUCGGCUUAUCUCCGGCGCCGGCGCCGGCGCCGGAAAGUGAUACGCCGGCUUCAGCGCCGGCUCCAUCGCCGAAAAGUGAGUCGCCGGAAUCUUCUCCACCGGCGCCGUCGAUGGAAUCUCCGGCAGGUGCUCCGGCGGAAUCUCCGGCGGGGGAGACAGCUGCUGAUGAGCAGUCGAGGAAUGGAGCUGGUGAGAGAGGUUCAGCUUUGUUUGUUGCGGUUGUAUUUACAGUGGCUACCGGCGUAAUUUCGUUGGUUCUUUAGGGGUAGAAUUGUCUAUUUUUACGUUAUUUUAUGGAAAGAAUCAAAAAAAUGGAGUAGAAUUUUUUAGAGUGAGAUUAGUACGUUUGUGUAAUUGUUUUGUUUGAGUGAUGAGAGACAGAAUUACUGUGAUUAAUUAAAUUUAUUGCGGUUUGUUUUGUUAAUUGUUUGAAUUAAUCAAUUAAUUAGUGAUUUAAUUUA